GCGCCAAUCACUCCUACGGAGUGAAAUAUUUACCGGAAAGUAGCAUGGAGGGUAAUUUAAUCUAAUAACACAGAUCUGAAAUAGUUUCAUUAAGAGAUCUUUCGUUAAGGCGUAUACAUGUAUUUUUAAUGUCAUCCGUCUUGUUAAUUUGGCCUCCUUGUUAUGUAGCUAGCAACAGAAUUUAUUUGAUCGUAAUCGUUUUUAAAAUAGCACUUUCGCUUUUUUUGUGUUUGCCUAGACCCCGCAGUAUUGGAUAUGCGAUGCAGACAGAGCAAGGGGAACAUGAACCCAGCUCCCUGCUCUGGGGGCUAGAUCCCGUGUUCUCCACCUUUGCUAAACUUUAUGUUAAAGACAUUUUACGUAUGCGGGAGUCCUCUCAGAUCCCAGAUGUUUAUUUUUACAAAUGCCACCCACUUUUUAAAGUUGAUGUUUUGGGGACCGUUGUAUAUAAACGAGAGAGGGAAGACUUCUUCUGUUACGGAGUUGAUGACGGAACGGGUGUUAUGAAUUGCCUCUGUUGGAAAGACGAAAAAUGGAGAGAAAAUACAGACGCAGUAAACCCAGGAGCUACUUUGCAGGUGUCAAAUAAAGGAGGGUUUAAUCCUGUGGAACAGCUGAAGAAACUGAAGUUGGUACAGAAAUUAAGUACCCAACUUGAAAUUGGAGACCUGUUGAGGGUCCGAGGGUCGGUCAAGACUUCUAGGGAGCAGAGGGAGAUCAUGGCCUGCAGUUACUAUAAGGUGAACGACCCAGUGAUGGAAGUGCAGAUAUCGUGGAUGAUGGAAGUUCUCCACCUAUAUCGGGAUUUCUAUGACAAGCCCUUCCUGUUCACAAAGAGCGUGCGGCACUUGGACGCGACCGAUGCAGAUGACCUUCUGCGCUCGCUCUCGGUGCUUCGACGGGCUUCUCGGCUGCUUAUGAGCUUCCUUAGAGAAAGAGGCCUUGGCAGCUUCCGGCCCAAAGAUGUCCAGCACCUUCUGAUGCCUCUGCUGUCCUGCGCUCCCUACUGCAGCCCAACACAGCAGGAAUCUACUGUGGCACAGUCAUCUUCAAAGCAGGUUCAUCACCUCUUUCGAGAUGUUAUAAAGGCGCUCCAGGACGAGGGCCUGGUGUUUCGCAAAGUCAUAUCCCAGGAUGAAGUCUAUCAGGCAAGAGAGCAGGACAAAGAGCUGCGGAGAGUAACUAAAGAUAUAAUUAGGGAAGAUUCCGGACGAGAAAAAUAUGCUGAGAAGGGCUGCCAUGUGUUGCACAUUCUGUCGUGCGUAAGACAGACCUACAGCCGGAAUGUGAGCAAGUCGGUCCUCGAAAUGGUCCUUCAGUGCCUGGAACGUGACAGUGAAAUCUUCAGCACAGUAGACCAGAACCACUACAAGUACAUUAGUGUGACAGACUAACACCUUGGAGAAGUGGAAAGUGGUGCAUCGACUUCAUUUAGUAAUAAUGUCAGUCUUUUUAUGCUAUUAUCUUAUAGCCCUGCAACCUUGAAUGGGAUAAGAACAUAUAAUAUUCAUCCAUCUUAUGGUAUUAGCUUAGUAUACAAAUAAAUCAUGGUAUAAACAAUGGAAUAAUGGUCUUCUAGUGCUCGUUCAAAAACCUUAACAUUUUUAAAUUUUCACCUUUAAAAUAUUUUACUGGAAUCACGGACCUUGUUGAUUUUUUUUCCCCUCGCCACUAGACGGCACUAUUCAGCAAACUAAGCAUUCUACGCGGUCUGGGUGAGCGGAGACCUAUGAGUAGACCUGGAGUUAAUAAAACGUCACAUAUUUUCUGAUUAACUUUCGACUCAAAAAAUAAUGGUUUAUGUUUUUGGUGAUUAUUGACUGUGUUUGUUUUGCUAUCUUAAGAAUAAUGCAUUUUCUGUUUAACCUAUGUCUGUCAGCAAACAUGCCUUUUUAUUAAUAAAAUCACUGACCCUGUCUGUAUGAAAA